AUGUGUGCCAGGGCAAAUGCGGACUGCCUCGGUUCACAAGCAUCACAAUGGAUCAUUGAGACGGGCGCCCCAAAGCGAGGCUCCGGUCGGGUGCGUGUGAGAAAGGAAAGCAUUGACGACGUGCGGCCUGCCAAAAGAUCGCGGCCUGUACGGGGGGAUACAGACGGUAUACUUGACCGAGAUCCCAACGAGAGAGAGGCGCCAGCUGAUCUGGACAAUGUCACUUAUUGCCCGAUUCAAGCCGGUGCAGCCCAGACCAAAUCCGCACCAUGGAACUCUAGCUCGACCAUUGGGUUAGUUGAAGAGGCUUUCCAUCACCACCACGCGAGUUCUCCCCAAGAUUCUGCGACGUCAGCUUUUUCAGCCAGCCAAUGGAUGCACCCAAGGACGCUGAUCACCGAUACAAAGCGAAGAAUCGGUUACCAAGACCCGGUACAGAGGGUGCUAUCUCGACAUGCCAGGAGUAAUACGAAGCUAAUGCUUGAGCGGUCCAAAAUCACAAGCUCGGCAGAAAGGGAGCUUUUGUCUUUGCUUCCAUCCCAUGACGCCGCUUUGUUGCUUGUCAACAACUACUUUGAUCGCAUUCACUGGUUCAUGUUGCUGUUCCACCAACGCGACUUUAGGGACAGCUUCGAACGAAUUUACUCGCCAAAUCGUGAGCAGUGUCCACCGAAAGGUACCGGUAGUCAGGUUGGGUAUAUUGCUGUGCUCCUGGCUGUAUGCGCAACCAGCCUCCAGUAUACUACUGCUUCUCAAAGGCAUACUCUAGCUAGUGAAGGAAUUGAGGCAGAUGCCUUGAAGGACCGAAUCCUUACGACGCUAAGGCUGAGACUGCUGGAUGUUUUGUCACUGGGUUCCUUGGAGGCGGUACAGAUGUGUGUUCUCUUAGGAAGUUACUAUCUGUAUCACGGACAGCCCGAGUUAGCCUGGCCUCUCUGUGGGUGCGGACUGCGUAUCGCGCAAGCCUUGAAUCUUCACCGAAAGGUCCCACUCGAUUGCUCGAACCAGGAGGGCCAUAAUCAACCCAAGAUUUCCGCUAGACAGCGUUGCUGGUGGGCGGUGUAUGAAAUCGAAACUUUCUGCUCUAUGAUGUAUGGCUUUCCUCUGAGUAUAUCGGAUAGCGAUUGUGACAUCGAAGAACUGGAUCCCCACGACGAUUGUUCAGCCUCAGCUACUCAGAAUCAAUCUCCUGACCAACCAACCCUUCUUUUCUUCAAGUGCGCAAUGUCAAGACUGUCAAAAAUUGUCAAAUGUGCAUUGACGGAACUUUACGGCACGCACAGAGACCUGGACAAGCAAAAUAGGCCAAUCGUUGGCGAUGUGUCUCGCCUCCAAAGCCUCAUAGAAAAAGUGGCCGGUCUUGAGAUGAGAAUCUUGCAGUGGCAAGAAAGUCUUCCAACCAAAUUGCGGCUCGUCCCUUCUAGCAACCCUAGUACCGGACUUGCUCCUCUAAUCGGGUUUGUGGGACAGGAACACGAUGCUUGCUUCACAGAACAGCUUUUCCAGCUUCAGGCUCUCGUCCUUAAACUAGCCUAUGAAAACGCCAGGAUCCUAAUACAUCGGCCACUGCUAUCAUACAAACUGGUAGCUGUAAAAGGAGCCCCUAAGGACGACAGCGGUACACGCUUAGAUCCCUUUCAGCGCUCGAUAAGGGCGUGCCGAGAGGCUGCUUUACAAAUAUCGAGAGUUGGCUCAGCUCCGAUAUUCAGACACAUAUCUGACACGUAUGCUACUACAUUUACCUCUGUACAUUUGUUUACCGCAGGUAUUACUCUUUGUAUCAUGACCAGCCUUGAUCCGCUCAGUCGCGAAUCUCACGAGUCCAAAAUGGGAAUCCAUGGAUUGAUAGAAAUGCAGACCAUUCUACAGCCACAGUCAAUUGCUGCUGCACAGGGCCUUGAAAUUCUGAGAAAUCUUAUGUCGUUGGUCAUGGCCAAAGAAAUCAACAGCAUGUUUGAAGUCCGGCCCCCUGCCAUAGUUGAUGAGCAGCAGAUAUCUGGAGAUCCUCCGAUCUCCAGUAAUCAAGACUUAUCCUUUGAUCCUGAUCAACGACAAAGAGAUCCCUUGAACUCACAGCCAGCCACAAGCUCUUCGGAAGUGCAGCUGCAACGCCACACAGUUUUGCCAGAAGGCGAUCAAGAGCCGAUGAGAGUGGCGUCAGAUUUUCUAAUGGGCAACACAGAGUUUAGUUUCUGCGAGAACCCCUCAAUGACCGAGGCUCUCCUUGACUUUGAACAAGUGAUCAGCUACCCGCCAAGCGACGUUGCAGAUGAAGAUCCUCCGAGUCUGACCGAGGAUUACCUUUCCCGGAAUUAUUUUGUCGGACAAGAUCAGGCAUGGAUAUGGGGCUGGCACGGCAAUAUUUAG